CUAGGUUCAUGAAAGAAUGUUGCCAAAUAAUAAUUGUGUCUGAAGUGGCCAACUUAUCAAGCAGUCGGUUAACAGAUUGAGUUUGGAAUUAUUUCCUUUCCAGCGGACGAGAAACUUUCAAAACCAUUUACGAUGGAUUAUCAAAGACAGUCCGAAUUUGAAAACGCACGAACGUCUCCAGUACGCACACCCGUACAGUACGGUUUUCAGUCACCAGUUGAAACCCCACGUGAAAAUAAAAAGCAACUUUUGAACGUCUUUCUUACCGGUGGUCUUCCAACGCAACAAUUUUCUCCCUUGGAGUCCCGGUCUCUGGUUCGCGGAGAAACAAGCGUGAAGAGAACAUCAAACUCCGGUAGAAACGAAGAUUAUGUUCCUCCAACCCAGUUGAAAACCAAGGAUAAAUGGUCGGCUGAUAGGAAUACUCCAAAGGGAAGAGCACCGCCUCGAUACUCCUUAUUAGAAGAGAGCGAAACAAACUCUGGAAGUGCGUCAAAAGAUCUCUCUUUUCGUACUGUAGCAUCUCCGCAGUUGAGGAAUCAAUUCGAAAGGACAGAACCUUCUCUUUCUCCUCGUUCAGAGGGCACUUCUUGUUGGGUUACUGUCUUUGGCUUUGGUCCUUCUCUCCAAGCUGCUGUACUUCGAGAAUUUAGGAACUAUGGGGAAAUUGUAAGAUAUAUUCCUGGAAAAGGAAAUUGGAUGCAUAUUUGUUAUCGAACUUUGUUGCAGGCACAAAUGGCAACUGGAAAGAGAAUUCAUAUGGUCGCUGCGACUACGAUGGUAGGCGCAAUUCCUUGUUCUGAGCAAGAAAUUUUAAGAGAGGAAUCUAUAUCGACGCCAGCAGAUAAAGGAAGUGUAUCAAAAACCAGGUAUAUUUCAAAUUUUGGCAAUAAUAUAGGCACGCAGUAUCAUGAUUUCCAUUCUCAAACGAGUAGUCUCUAUAUGGACGCUCCUCGCCCAGCAGCAGGAUUUCUGGAAACUCUUCGAAAUAUUUUCAAUUAUUGGAGUCAGUAGAUAUCUUUUAGGUUGUAGAACUUUAUUUUUGAAUGUGUUGACAAGUUAUAUUUCCAACUUUUUGAUGAUAAUUUGGAAGAGGACACAUCACAAUUGAGACAUCUGAGUAUCAAUGGAAUUGAGUGUUGAAAUGUUUUCAUAUGUUUUUUGGGAUAAUUUGCUAUUGAUGUAGUUAGGCUAAUUCUGUUAUUUAGCUUCAUUUGUAGUCUUAGUCUAAAACUAAUAGAAGGAUAAAAUAAAUGGCUUCCUUGACACGAUGGUUAUCAAAAAGUAGUGUAGUUAAUUAUUUCGAACGACCUUUGUGGUAAGUCUAGCCUCUGGAACAGGAAGUUUUGUAUAGCAUCAAUGCUUCAUCCUUUCAUAUGUAUCAAACUUAGCAAAUGAGCUCGCAUAGUUUCAACACAAAUGCAAAACGUGUGUUUCAAUGUUGUUGAAUGUUUGCAUUCUGUUUCGGCGGCUUGGUUCAAGGCUUGCCAUUUUCUUCUAUCACAAAUUCUUAAUUGUCUCUAGUCCUUCCAUAUUCAGUUAACACUAUGUCACUGUAUGCUUGGUUAUCCCAUGCGGGACUUACAAAUAUAGCACCUCUCAUUAAAAUAUGCUAGAUUCAU